UUGGCAGUAUAAUUAUAAAAAUUAAAAAACGCAGUUUACCAUUUUCAUCAUAAUCGAUAUUGUAUUAUAAUACAUUAUUGUUGACAUACAUAGCGGUAACAUAGUUUUUAUAUGUUGUUUUCACAACCAAACUCGAAGAUUUCAAGAGUCACCACGGCCGCCAUGAAUCUGUUUGAAGAGUGGGAAGAUCAAGAAAUUCAAUUCGAUUUAAGUAUUAAUAAAGCGUUGAAAAUGAGAAACGGCGAGAAGAUAAUCGACCGACUGGAGUUCAUCGAGGACACCAAAGGCAACGGCGGCGAUAAAGGAGUUUUGGUCAUAACGAACCUGCGGGCUAUAUGGCAUUCAAUGAGCAUUGCCAGGAUAAGCUUGUUAAAACGUCUUGUUCUGAUUGCGCCAACAGCAAUAGGUUACAACUGCAUCCAAGACAUUUCGACAAGAAUCGUCAACUCUAGACUGAAAGGCACCACUGAAGCUAUUUACAUUCAAGCCAAGUACAAUGGACUGAGAUACGAAUUCGUGUUCACCAAUUUGAUACCCGGAAACACGAGGCACUUUACCUCUUUCAUCGGUGUGUACAAGGCUUACAAUACGAGUAGACUGUACAGAGAGUUGAAACUGCGCGGUGCCAUAAUGAGGAACGGCCGGUUGAAGUUAUUGAUGUUGGAAAAAAUGUAUUCGACAAUCAACGGAGUGUGGAAUCUGUCCAGCGAACAAGGUAACCUGGGAGCGUUUAUAAUAACCAACGUGCGGCUGGUGUGGUACGCCGAAAGCAACGAGACGUUCAACUUGUCUCUGCCGUACAUUCACAUAAGUUCGGUGAAAAUCAGAGAGUCCAAGUUCGGCGAAGUUUUGGUAAUCGAGACUUCCGGCCACAGCGGAGGGUUCAUGUUGGGUUUCCGGAUAGAUCCCAAGGACCGGCUUAAAACGGUCACCAAAGAACUUUCGUCCCUGGCUCGCAUUCACAUCCAAGCCCCCGAAUUCGGCGUACACUUUGUUACCGCCGACCAGGCAGAACACGAGCACGAACUACGGGUUGCCACGCCGACGGUUCUGAACUGUUGCGACGAAUUUCAAGAUGAAAACGAUAUUGGCGUGUCGAACACACUGGCUUCGUACAGUGUCAGCAGAUCCGGCAAGGGCGACGGUCCGCCCAAGUACGAUCCGACGCUGGGACUGGCCGUUGAAACGCUGCCGGAAGGUUAUACUCUGUCUUCGCUGUGGGAGGUCAUACCGACCACCAGCAGCGGCGGCGGCGGCGGCGGUGGCUAUGAAUAACAAUUAUGAACAACUGCUACAUCAUGGGUGGACAUUGUCGAAAACAAAUGACCCAUCACACAAUAAGACAAUAUUACUUAGUAAUAUUGAAAUAAUUAUUUUAUAUUAUUUUUUCCAUGUCCACGAUAAGUGUGUAACUAUAUUAUUUUUGGAACUCAUUUGAAAACACCAUUAUUAUUAAUCACUUUGAAUAUUUCCAAUAAUAAAACAUAUGAUAUUAUUAUACGCUAAAAUAUAUCAUAUAUUAUUAUUAUGUAAUAUUUAAAUG